AUUUACAUAUGGUUUGCGAUGUGCUAACAACUGUCGUCAGCGAAAUUGUUUUGAAAACUCGUAUUGUGAUCACGUGAUUGGGAAAUGUGACCAUGGCUGUGGUCGAGGAUAUCAGAGUGAAGAUUGUACAACGCUGUGUCCGUCUGGAAGAUACGGUUACAAUUGUACUAUGUCCUGUGAGGAGAGGAAAUGUGCUAGAAACUCGGUGUGUGACAGAUAUAAUGGGACAUGUGACAGUGGCUGCCUCAAAGGCUGGGAGUUACCAGAUUGUACCACCAAUUGUCGACAUAAUACUUUUGGACCUAACUGCUUGUUCAACUGUACUGAACGACACUGUAAGGGAGACAACUCAAAAUGUGAUGCUGAAGACGGUAAUUGUCAAGAUGGCUGUCAGCCAGGCUGGAAGAAUGCAAAUUGCACUGAGAAAUGUGACGAGAGUUGGUAUGGUACUGGUUGUGUAUUUAAAUGUAACAAGAGACAUUGUCAGAAUAAAGCAGCCAGCUGUAAUCAUGUUGACGGAUCGUGUGGAGGAGAAUGUGAGAACAACUACAGAGGAACCGACUGUACAGUGUGAUGUUCGACAGUAUGGCCCAGAAUGCAAUUCGUCGUGCAGUGCCAGACACUGUAAAGCUAAUGAUGAAUCAUGUGAUCACGUGACUGGUUCAUGUAGUGGACCAUGUGAAGCUGGUUGGCAAGGAGACGACUGCACUCUCAACAUUGUACAGACUGCUGCACCUGAUGAAAAUCCAGGACCAAUUAUCGGUGGUGUCAUCGGUACUGCUGUCGUUGUCGUUGUCGUGACUGUCGUCGUCGUUGUGUUUCUGAGGAGAAGGAAACGUGCAAAGGACGACACCAAAGAUGGUGAACCAAUUGUACCAGAGAAUAAAUCAUCUACAAAAGAAAGAACACACCAUGAACCUGACGUCUCUACCUACGUUAAUGUCGAACUAUCCUCAACAAACUCUGCCAAAAGGUUUGAGGUAAACAAAACGUUCGCCAGUGCUGAAGUACCAGUCGUAACCACUGGUGAUGUAGCACUAGUGGUUGAUCAAGGAGAGGCAGAAGUCCAACAGCCUGACGAAGACGAGGAGGACAUCCAAGAUACUAAUACGUACUACAAUGAUGUCCAACUGGCAGCUCCUUCCUUCAGUCUGCCAGAAGAAGGUUUUGACGUCACAGAACUUGAAGGUAUCAUCGAAAGCAUCAGGAAUCAGCCUGGAGGAUUUCAAGCAGAAUAUGUUAAACUUCCAAGUGGGUUCAGUCAUCCGUACAAUGAUUCCCAGAUACCAGAAAACAGGUGCAAGAACAGAUACGCUGGUUACUACCCAUAUGACAACAAUCGUGUGAAACUAUCAGCACUGCCAAAUACUCCACAUUCUGACUAUAUCAACGCGAGUUACGUGGAUGCAUAUGAGAAGCCAAAUUAUUUCAUCGCAGCUCAAGCUCCAAAUAAAGAUACUUUACCAGAUUUCUGGAGAAUGAUCUGGGAACAGGACUGUGGACAAAUAGUUAUGUUGACAAACCUAGUGGAGGCUGGAAAGCAUAAGUGUGUGCCCUACUGGAGAGAUUCGGGAUCGAUGAAAGUUGGAUAUUUUGUUGUGGUGGUGAAGGACGUCACUGUACGAGCAGACUACAUCACCAGAAAGAUACAGAUCACACAAACGAAGUCUAAGAAAUGCAAGACAUUCGACCAUUACCACUUCACGUCAUGGCCUGACCACGGAGUACCUAAAGUGUUGGACUUACUGGAAUUCUUCUGGUUGACAAGAGAGACACCCCCGUCCCGCCCUGGUCCUGUCCUGGUACACUGCAGUGCUGGAAUUGGAAGAACUGGAACAUACAUCGCUCUACAUAUCCUGACAGAUGAGAUGAAAAAAACUGGAAGAAUAAACAUACUGGAAAUGAUGACCAAGAUCAGAGAUCAAAGAAAAAACAUGGUCCAGACAAAGAAUCAGUAUGAAUGCAUUUUCACAACAAUGCUUGAGGUUGUAGAGUAUGGACAGACGAGUAUGACCACAUCUGCAUACACACUAAAAUAUGCUGAACUAAACGGAUCUUUGAACAUGGGUAAAAAAACACUCGAUGAGCUAGCCGAGGUCAUUGCAUCUACUGAUACAUCUGAUACAGGUCUCCCGCUGAAGAACCAACUUUGGGUUGAUGGAAAGAAUGAUCUGUUCGUUGUUCAAGCUCCCUCCAAGCUACUCAGUAAAGGCUAUCUGUUGGUUUACUCUCCACAAAAAACAGCGAAUCUGCUGUGGAAACUGAUCAUGGAGAAUGAUUCACUGACUCUUGUCACCCUGGACAAGAAUGAUGGUAAAUUCAUCCCAAGUCCAAGCCAGUCCAGUGUGUAUGGAAAGGUGACUGUGACGUCGGUGACUGAAACUUAUGUCUCGAGAGAAAUAACGCUAAGAAUUCUUAAUGCUGAAAUCAAGGGAUCAGAUGAAAAGAAAGAAAUCGCCAACUUCUCCGUGCAGUCAUCGAGUAACAUGAAUAGCACUUCCACAGUGAUAAGCUAUCUGACAACUCUGACAGAACAAAUCCUGGACAGACAGACCAAUCUGAAAUUUCAUCCUGUCACAGUUGUCUUCGAUGAAUCUGACAAAAAGGAAGGUCUGUCAUUGUGUAUACUGAACAACAUCAUGUCUGCAGUUUCCCUUGACAAGCGAGUUGAGAUAUUUAACAACGUCAGAAGACUCCAGUCAGUGCUGCCAAGUCUUCAGUUAUCAGUGAAUGACUUCAAACUGUUCUGUGAUCUACCGUUCGCUCAAUUGGAAUCCACAAGCGUGUAUGUCAACAUGUGAACUGACUUAUGUCCGAACUGACCUGUGGUCAGUUAAAGAAGUAGUCAAUAAUGACAAUAGUGGUAGAAUAAUUAACAGAACUAUAUCGAGUUCAGAAACAGCUAACUGUAUGUUGUACAUAAUUAUGCAUAUACCAUGAUGAUAGUAGGGAAAGUGGCAAAUGAAAACAAUAUAGAUUUAUUCUAUUGUAAACUAAAUGCAAAUCCCAUAGUCCAUGGGCUACAAAGGGUCAGCGUGCACCGCCCACAUAACUCUACUACAUUGUAUUUUGAUGUCCUAAUAUAUCUUGAACAUGAAACCAACUAUUACAGUGAAUACAAUUAGGAUUAACUACUCAUUUGUCACGAGAGUUUAAGGGUACCCUGAAAAUGUACUUGUAUUCGUACGAACAUUUUUUUUUGGAAAAUUGAAUAAUCUUAUUUUGCCAUUCUUUCCCACAGGCUUGAUCUUACCUCACGCUUUCUAUCCCACCUAUGGUCCACUAUUGAUGUAAUCAAAUAUUUGUGCUAAUAUAUUUUUGAUGACAUUGGACCUAACCUUACUGGUGGAUCAUUUACACUUACAAUAUUGAUAUAUAGUAUAGUAUGUAUAUGUAUAUGUAUAAUCUCGUUGGGUGGAACUCGUUAGAGGGUCGAAUACAGCGUUUUGAAUCAAAAACGAAGUCCAGAGUUACACUUACACGAUGUUUACCUAAUGGUUAGGUCGAACUACCCAAUGGGUCGAACACUUUCUCGAGCACCGACGAGGUUCGAGCCAACGAGAUUCAACUGUAUAUAGAGAGGAUUCGUCACGAGUAUUUGUUAAUAUGGAAAAUGGAAAUAUGGAAAAAGUAUAUUUUAAUCCGUAUUUGUCGAGGCUCUGCUGUGACAAAUACCGAUUAACUGCAUGAGGUUGAUAUUUUACAUAUUAAAAAAACACGAGUAGCGAAUUCUAUUUAUCCUAUAACACUUCUAAAAUAACUUGUUUUAUUGAUUUUGUAGUAAAUUACAGUACUAACAUCGCCGCUAUCGGUAAUAUGGCGUCAUUACGUUAGCACAAAUUAGUUUGACGUCACGCAUUUUAACUAAAUCUUUGAAAACGUUUAGUUCAGGUACACAUGACUUAUUGACUUGUAAGCAAAUUACCCAUUCACAGCAACACCAUUACCUAGAAACCUUGCAACGUUGCAUACUUUUCGGGUUAAUACUCUAAAUUAUUACCCUCCUGGCGAAGAUAUAUCGGUGUCGUACAAAUUUCGUACGCACCACCAGGUUUGUAUUACAAACUGUAUUUUUAUUUGUCAACAGGGACCAGAGUCCAUUUCGAUUGGUUGGUCAGCGACCUUAUUGGCAUAACGGCACUAUUUGUCCAUUCAUAAUUAAUGUCAAGGUCAGUAACAUCCCACAAUAUUUACUACAAAUGCCAUUCACCGAUUCAGCAAUGUCAUUCAUUAAAAGUUGCUGUACACCGGACCGCGCGAGAAAUAAUUUUAAAUAAAAAAUAAAAAUAAAAUAAUGAACAGAACAAUAAUUAAACAUAUUUAUUAUUUAUUAUGUGGAUUUUUGUUCAUCAAAUUGUUAUUAUCAGUUGACAGUCACUUUUUGGACCCUUGUUUUGGCUCCGUACACAAUAAAUGAAAAAUAUCCAACGUUAACUUUUUCAUAUGAUAUAUUUGACAAAAUGUACUUUACAACAGACACCAGAGUCCAUUUCGAUUGGUUGGACAGCGACCUUAUUAGCAUAACGGGAGUAUUUCCAAUGACCUUCACGUUUUACAAUGCAACAAACUCAGGAAUGUCCCUUUAAAAGAUGCAAGAAAUCACUUUCAUCUUUUAAAGGGACAUUCCUGAGUUUGUUGCAUUGUAAGAUGUUUCCGACUAAUAAAAUAGUUAACCUAGUACAAAUAUUAGAACGAUCAGAAACACGUUUAAUAUACAGCUACUAAUAUUGUAUGCAGAAAAAUAUAUUUGAUAUGUAAUUACAAUCGUUAAAAAGUCUGUGUUAAUCGAUAAUAUCUUGAAAAGUGCAGCAAACCCAGGAAUGUCCCUUUAAAACUUAAACUUAAUAUUUUGUGCAGAUUUAUGAAAAAGAAAGAAGAAAAAGCGACCUGUAAACAGCCUUGUCUGCAUGUUAGAGAAAUUUAACAGAGGUCAAUGUUGGUAGACCAGUUUUUAUUUUAAUGUGGCGAAGCAUUGUAAUAAUAUAGCUAAUUUUGAUUUUGAAUGACGUCAGAAUUCUAAUGACGUCACAUUGCACCUCCUUACAAUAACCAUAAAUUGUGUACAUGAUGUUUCCGUUUUACGAAUGCUGGAGAAAAUCCAGUACAAAAUUCCUAUUGAUUUUUUGUUUGUUUGAACAUUACUAAUGCACAUGAAUGUGUUUGAAAACCAAUCCUGUGAUUAACAAAUUGUACAUUUUACGAAAUAUGGAUUUCAAGUGAAAUUACGGUAAGAUAUGCUAUAUUUAUUGUGUACAAAGCCAAAACAAGGGCACGAAAAGACUGUCGUCGAUCUUAAAGUUGUAACUUUAGUUUUCCGGUGAACUCGGCUGCUUUUGGAAGUGACACGUGUUUAACUGCAAAAACACUUGUUAUUCCCUUAUUGGUGGGAUUUUUGGUCAACAAAUUGU